AUGAGUGGUUUCCGUCGGUUGCUAGUGGCCUUUAGCGGUCGAGCCGAAGACCCAUGUCAGCAGCGCCGGACGGACAUGCCGCAGGUGGAAGGCACGCUCCAGCACCAGCACCAGCACCAGCAACUGGAACACGAAGGUGGGAAACUGACGUUGGCACUUGCACAUGAACAGCAAGACAGCCAGCGCAAGCGUCACCCAAAUCAGGACCAAACCCAGUUGCACCAGUGGAGAUUCCCCUCUCCCCAACCCUCGACGCCUCCCGAUAAUUUUCCUGACACCCGAAACCGCGUCCUCAGCAGCGCACCACCGCAUUCCAAACCCAUAGGCAUCCCCGCAAUCUCGUCGCUGCGAAACUCCCUCCGCCUCGACGAUCGAAUUUACGGCAUCGACUCGUGUGCGAUCGAAGCCGACGAUUACGACGACAACGACGACGACAACGACAAUAAUCGCGACCAUUGCCUCAUGGUCAACAUGACCACUGGCCCAUUCCUCGACUCGGCCGCGGGCCGCGGUCGCAAGGAUUCCUUUGUGAGCGCCGGUCCAAAGCCCAUCUCUAUGGCCAACCCGAAUCGUGAUCAAGCUCGUCAACGACGCGAGUCCCUUGCUGGGAGAACCGAAUCACCCUCUUCCAAGACGCCUAAUCUCAUGCAGUAUGGGCAUGUUCCAGGCUAUGGCGCUCCUAACAAUUUUGGUCAAUCUUCGGUGAACUCACCCUCGGCCCUGCCGGAUCGCUCGCGCAACAGAACCGUCAGCCUUUGGGUAUUGGCGGUAGGCGAUAUGGAGAUGGACGACGCCGUUGGUCACCUUGAGAUGGACGACACCCAGCAGCGCAGCAUGCAACAGGCCAGGCAACUCUUUGGCCAGGCUAGCCGACCUCAGCUCAAUAUUAAUGCCUCUGGAUUUACUCAGGGCCUCCGCACCUCGCAGCCCACAACCCCGGCCGCUGCCAGCUUCGGGUUUCAGCAUAACCCGACCGUUUCCUCGGUCAAUACGCCUACGCUAACGACCCAGCAACCUUUGCCCUCGCGCGGUAGCACGUCUUUCAACCAGUCGCCAACAGGAGACAGCGAGGAUCUCGGUAUGCAGCUUGGCGGUAGCAUCAACCUUAACGGCAACGACUUCAAUCUUGGCACCACAUCAUCCAACACUACUUCCAACGACUCGGCCUUCUGUAUUAACGACCCUGGAAAGCACCUUUAG